AUGGAACGAGAUCGUCCGAUGAUGACAAAGUUAGAAAUCAAAAGCAAAUUUGACGCCGAGUUCCGUCGUAUCUCGUUACCCAAAACAGAUGUUGGCACUUACGAACAAUUCAGAAUUCUUAUUGAACGUCUACAUAAGUUAAUUGAGGUACCAUUUGUACUGUCGUAUACGGACCCAAAGGAUGGAGAUUUAUUACCAAUCAACAACGAUGAUAAUCUCGGACGAGCGGUUUUAACAGCCAAACCAUUGUUAAGGAUAAUUGUACAGCGUAAAGGUGAAAGUCUUGAAGAAUUAAAUGGGUAUGGUUCAUAUAGGCCUCGAAAUAUUAUAUCAUCAAUUUUGGGUGGUACACCUAGCAAAGCAAAACAUCUUUGGAUAUCAAACCCUCAGGAUUUUCGACAGGUGUCCGCGAUUAUAGACGUAGACGUAGUUCCAGACACUUGUCGGCGAGUUCGACUACUUAAACAUGGUUCAGAACGGCCAUUAGGUUUCUAUAUUAGAGAUGGCACAAGUGUGCGAGUUAGCCCUUCUGGUGUGGAAAAGGUUCCUGGUAUUUUCAUUUCCAGAUUAGUUCCAGGAGGCUUGGCAGAAAGUACUGGGCUUUUAGCUGUCAAUGAUGAGGUUUUAGAAGUAAAUGGUAUUGAAGUGGCUGGAAAAACUUUGGACCAGGUAACAGAUAUGAUGGUAGCUAAUAGUCAUAACCUAAUUGUUACUGUAAAACCAGCUAAUCAGCGAACCACAAUGUCAGCACCCCGGCGAGGUUCUUUAUCAAGAACGUCACAGUUAUCUAGUGGAUCACAACAAUCAGCGCAUAGUGCCGCUACCACAGUUAACACCUCUGAAGAAGACGACCAAGAUGAAGUGGUAGAUUUGACUGCAGGUUUAGCUUUACAAGUAGCAAAUGAGUCUACUAGUACUGCAGACCAGUAG